AUGGAACUACAUAUCAGGAGAAAUUCAAAAACGAAAAAAAUAAUAUUAUUUUAUCUCUGAUAAAAUGACUCAAAGAAAAUUUCAAAACCAUUAAGUACUAAUUGAAAUUGUUGCUAUACGAAGUUUGUUUAUAACAGAACAACACAAGAUAAAAAUAAACUUGUUGAAACGUUACCACUAAUCAGCUGUUUUCCAUCACUUCAAAAUGGAUCAACAGGCAAUUGAAAACUUUCGAGAAUACCUUCGUAUACCUAGUGUUCACCCCGAUAUUAACUACGAGCCUUGCGUCGUGUUUCUCCAAAAGCAGGCGAAGAGCUUAGGAUUGCCUUGCGCUGUACAUUACUGCCAUCCCAAAAAUCCCAUCGUUAUCAUCUCGUGGAUCGGAAAGGAACCGACCGCUCCCUCGAUUUUGCUAAACAGCCAUAUGGAUGUCGUACCCGUGUUUGAGGACAAAUGGAAGUACAAGCCGUUCGAUGCUCACAUUGACGAGCACGGUAACAUUUACGCUCGCGGUUCUCAAGACAUGAAAUGUGUCGGUAUACAGUAUUUGGAGGCUGUGAGGCGAUUUAAAGCGGAAAAUGUUGUCCUAAAACGAACACUUCACAUUUCUUUUGUGCCGGACGAGGAGGUCGGCGGCAUCCUGGGCAUGCAAGACUUUGUCAAAACGGAUCAGUUUCGCAAUCUCAACGUGGGGUUCGCCCUAGACGAAGGUAUCGCGAGUGUCGGCGAUGUAAUGAGAGUAUUCUACGGCGAGAGGACGAUAUGGCAGUUUAAGCUGCACUGCCCCGGGCAAACCGGUCACGGAGCCUUACUGCUUGAUAACACGGCCGGGGAAAAGGUUCGAUAUUUAAUGGAUAAAUUUUCGGACUUCCGCGCCGGGGAAAAAAAGAGACUGGAGAGUGACCCGAAGUUAACAAUUGGAGACGUCACAACUGUGAACGUUACAAUGCUUAGAGGAGGCGUUCAACCGAAUGUUAUCCCUGAAGAGUUUGUGGUGGGUAUUGACAGUCGAAUUGCGGUAACAACAAAUUUAAACGAGUGGGAAAGUAUGAUUAAUCGUUGGUGUAAGGAGGCCGGUAAAGAUAUUUGGGUGGAAUACAUACGUAAGAAUCCGUGUAUACCAGUUACAAAGAUAGACGACACUAAUAACGCCUAUUGGAACGCUUUUCAAGCUGCGUUCGAAGAUUUGGGAUUGAAAAUGAAAACCGAGAUUUUUCCAGCAGGGACCGAUUCUCGCUUUCUGAGGGAACUUGGAAUUCCCGCAAUUGGUUUUUCUCCAAUUAAUAAUACGCCAAUUCUGCUGCACGAUCAUGAUGAGUUCCUAAACUCUGCCAUGUUUUUACGUGGAAUUGAAAUUUAUUGUAAACUUUUAACUAAAGUUGCAAAUGUUUGAAGGUGCUAUUACUAAAAUUGCAAAUUAAUGGGAGUAAUGUUAAGGGGGAGUGUAUAUUUUAUACUUAUACCUACUGGCACGGGUUGUCACAGGUACAAAAAUCAUAACCAGCUUCUCCCAGGCUCAAACCGUUUGACCAGUAGGGGGCGUUUCUUAAAUUAAACAGAUUUCUUUGCAGAUCCAGAACUUUUUUUGUUUUUAAAGGUAUUACUGUGGAAUGUUACUUUGGAUUAAAACUGUAUUAAGAGAAUAAUUGUUUUUAAUAACAAAAAAGAUAUGAGUCAUCAAAGAAAUUUUGGUCAAAAUCUUUGAGACAGCUAAAUUCGGUUUGCGUUCACAUAAAAUUUGAGCCUAGGAGAAGCUAGUUAACGCAUUUUUUGUACAUUUGAUAGAAACGUGAGUAAUAAUAUGGUGCUAUAAAUAAAUGAAUUAAACAAAA